CACGCACCGCGACGCAACGUCGAAAGCUGCGCGUUUGGAGCUUUCGCGUUUAGUCAUGUCGGCCGGCUCUCGCACAUAACCUAGUCGCCCUUUCGUUCCUGUGAUAAGUUCCUUGGAUCCCGUUUGAUUUCCGCGAUCUCCUCUCGUCCGGAAUCCGAUCCGCGAUCAUGGAGUCGUGAAUUUCGGGGGUGCGUCGCGGAUCGAUCGUCGGAUGGACCUGAAGGGUAAGGUUGCCUUGGUGACGGGCGGCGCCUCUGGCAUCGGCCGGGCUUUCGCCGAGGAACUCGUCAAGUACGGCGCUAAGGUCUCCAUUUGUGACGUCAAUGAUGACGGCGAGGAACUCGCGGACCAACUGUGCCAAAAAUACGGAAGAGACAGGGCUAUCUUUUGCUCUUGUGACGUCACCGACUACCCACAAAUUGAAGAAUCUUUCCAGACAACUGUAUCGGCGUACGGAGGCAUCGACAUCGUGAUCAAUAACGCAGGAAUAUUCAACGAUCGAUUUUGGGAACUGGAGGUAGACGUUAAUCUGAAUGGAGUGAUACGAGGGACUUUACUGGCCUUGAGGUACAUGAGUAAGCAUAGGGGUGGACGUGGAGGCACUAUUAUCAACGUCGCAGCCGUCGAGGGAUACUCUGUUUUUCCCGCAGCGCCUAUCUACUGCGCUACAAAACACGCUGUCGUUGGGUUUACUAGAUCUUAUGGGAGUCCGUUCCACACCAACAUGACCGGAGUGAGAUUCAUCGCCCUCUGUCCGGGCGGAACGAAGACGGGGAUGAUCCCGGAAAACGACUGGAAGAAAACGCUUCAAGCGCCUGAGUAUGAAGCAGCGUUACCAAAAACCAUCAAUCAACAACAGCUAGUCCAAAACGUCGGUCGAGCCUUAAUUUACGUAUUGCAGAAGGCACCUACUGGAUCUGUAUGGUCCGUCGAGAACAAUCAGCUUCCAACUGAAAUAAAACUACCAUUCAACUAAUUAUAUGUGAGUCCUGUACCCCCUGCUGCAAUCUACCAGGGUGUUUUACCCCUCUCAUUUAUUUUAUAUUUAAAUAUGACUGUGCAACAUUGAUGCAUCAGAGCUGAGCCAAAAAAUAUGUUGUGCCGUAAUUCUUUUAUUUGUUGGGAAGCAGUUCAUUCAUGUACUUAGAUCUCCUCAAAAUCAUAGUAGUAGAAAAGAUAUGGUUUUGCUUUAUUAACAGAUGCGCUUAACCCGUCCAUAUUCCAUACCGUACCUCUUAAAUCUAAAGACCCGAUCAUGUUUAGUAUGUAACUAAUACUUAAUUUUACGAAAUAAAAACUUUUCAAAAACUAUUACUUUGGAAUACUUUGGAUUUACUUUAAAA